GGAUUAUAGGUGUGAGCCACUAUGCCCGGCCAAUAUAUGGAAAUUUAAAUGAUAUGUUUUAGGUACACCACAUAUUUCCUAAGACUACUUCAGAUUAUUUUUCACAGGGGAAGUUAGAUUUUCACACAUUGUUAAAUAAAAAUGGAUUAUUUUUAUUUCAAAAAAGAGGAUAUGUACCGUCAGUAACCAUAUUUGCCUAUUUUCUUGAUUGUACAGGGAGAAGAUACCCAUUAUCAGAAAAAAAAAUUAUGCACUAUAUGUACCAGUUAUGUAAAUCCCUUGAUCAUAUUCACAGAAAUGGAAUAUUUCACAGAGAUGUGAAACCAGAGAAUAUCCUCAUAAAGGAUGUCCUGAAAUUAGGGGACUUUGGCUCCUGCCGGAGUGUCUAUUCCAAGCAGCCGUACACGGAAUACAUCUCCACCCGCUGGUACCGGGCCCCGGAGUGCCUCCUCACUGACGGGUUCUACACAUACAAGAUGGACCUGUGGAGCGCCGGCUGCGUGUUCUACGAGAUCGCCAGGUAGCGCCAGCCUGGCUCCUGCGGCGGGAGGGUGGAACAGCCAGGCUCGCGCUCCUUCCCCUGCAGUCCAGGUGUCAUGGUCAUUCUGGUUUUGUUUUUAUUUAAUUGUUUUUAAUUUAACAGCAAGUAGACUAGGCUUUCAUUUUACUUUUGUCGAAUAUUUGUCCUGGCCUGCCCUUCCCAGAGUGGAGCACCAACCCUCAGUUGUUCUCCCUCACACACACCCCAGCGGUGUUGGAGCUGCCUCCUUGGGCUUGCCGUGAGGGGCUUGAUGGGGCUGCUGCCCUGGAGCAGAGGAAGCAUGCCCACCGCCCCUCCUGGGGCUGCCAUGGGGAGGGGUGACUCGGGCCUCCCCUGAGAGGUGCAGUUAUAUCAGGUAGGGUGCCGUGGCCACUGGUGUGAGGAUGACAUACCAUCUGGCACAGUUGAACUCUAGAAAGCCCUAAUCCCAGCCCUCCCUGCUCCAGCCUCCAAACCCCUCACUCCCCUCAGCCUUUGGGAAGGAGCAGUGGCCCUGGGAUGAGGCGACAGGAGGCGGGUCCCACUUAGAGGUGAAUGGUGUUGAGUUGAAGAAGCGCACGGGGGUGGAGGUGGCCUCUAGCAGGCGGCAGUGAGGUUACGGUCUGGCGGCACAUCUGAGGGAUCACAGUCUGUCCCACCUGCUCGGCCACUACAGAAGUACGGAGAGAUGCGCGCUUGAGGACACACUCUCCUUUGAUCCGGACGGUUCCUACUGAUAACUUUUCAUUUUGGAAAGCCGAGUGGCAAUUUCACUGAAGCCAGAGUGUCAACUGAGAAUCCCUUCUCAUGAGCCCAGGUCCUGUGAGUUCAUCUGGAGGGGCAGGCGUCAGGAGCACCAGCACACAGGGCAGCCCAGCGCACCAGCUGCCGAGCUGGACCGGGCUGACAUCCCCACGAGGAGCUGUUUCCGGCUCACCCGCGUUUCCUCCUCUAUCCUUUAGUCACAAGAUCCUGCUGUUUUCUGGAAUAGAAGCUAGGCCUACCACCAGAGGGUAUUUUCAAACCUUCUUUGUGACAUGUAAUAGGAAUUGAAUUUAUUUAUACGGGUUUAAAGUCUUUUCCCCACAAUUCCAAAACCAUAAAAGCUCUGGAAACCAAAAGGUUUCUUGGGACUCAUCUGGUGACAAAACCUGACCUGCCUCACCCUGAAUUUGUCAGCAAAACUCCCCUUGCCUGAUGGGAGGCUCACUGUGGGGUUAUUUAUCAUGGGUAGUGUGAAUUAGUCAUAUUUCACUGCAGACAGUGCGCUGGACAGAUGUUGGAAUGUGGCUGUCUUUUGCCUCUUAGAAAACACAUGUCAGGGCCAGGCACGGUGGCUCAUGCCUAUAGUCCCAGCACUUUGGGAGGCUGAGGGAGGAUCACAAG